AUGUCCUUUGUUGGAACCCAUGAAUAUUUAGCCCCAGAAAUAAUUAGAGGAGAUGGUCAUGGUAGUGCUGUUGAUUGGUGGACAUUUGGGAUAUUUCUGUAUGAGUUACUUCAUGGGAAGACACCAUUUAAAGGCAAUGGAAAUAGAGAGACAUUGUUUAACGUUGUUGGACAACCUCUUAAAUUUCCCGAGGGAUCCACAGUUAGUUUUGCUGCAAAGGAUUUGAUCCGAGGUCUACUUGUGAAGGAUCCUCAAAAAAGAUUAGGAUUUAAACGAGGUGCCACGGAGAUAAAACAACAUCCUUUCUUUGAAAACGUUAACUGGGCUCUCAUCCGAAGCACUCAUCCUCCAGAGAUCCCUAAACCAGUUGAUCUUACAUUUUUUAAACAAUCGUCUCAUGCAAACGAGAAAGCUGCUUCUGAUUCUGAUAGGUCAUCUGGUCCUUACUUAGAUUUUGAAUUUUUCUAA